AUGGGAGGUGCCCGCGACUCAGCCUCGCUCGCCUUCACCCUCAAUUUAUUUGUCUUCAGUCCUCUCGUGCUCAACCCGACCAAACCAAACCAAACCAACAACCCGCCGCUCGAUUACCUCGCACCAACAGCUUAUCCGACGCGUAUUAACUUUCCUCGUCGCAUUAGUGCUAAUAUCUCCCCACCAGGCGAUGCUAUGAGCACCCCAUCGGCACUCAACGGGCGUCUUGUCCCGCUCAGGACAAAAGACGAGGUGCGCGCCAGCCUAGAGACGCAGACUGUCUAUGUCAUCGAGGUGCCAGCCAAGCACGCCAAUGUGGUCAAAGAUGCCGUGCAAGCAGCAUUGCCCGAAUUCAAGACGUCUGAGAUCUCGCACCUACGCCGCGUAGUCCAAUUCAAGUACCUACCGCCACAUCUGCAACGGCAGUUCCAUCCGCCCGCGAGGCUCCCCAGAGGUGAAGAAGAUGAUCCUGCAUCUGCAAAAAUAUUAUUAUCUUCCUCUGCUUCUUUGCUGCCUUCUGAAUUUUGUCCUGCGUCUGCGUCUUCGGUCGAUGAUGGCAGCCAGACUGCUGAUUGCGAAGUUGUUACUAAAGAUUUUGAUCUAGUUCGUUAUUUCCUACUUUGUCCAACGCGUUACAUGAGCCAUGCCGAUCUCGCGGCCCUCAUACGCACAUGUCCGCCAUUCGAAGGCAGGGCUACACAACCACGCAUCCUCUACGUGACGGUCCCCUCCCUAGCCCCCAUCUCUGCCGGGCAGGCUGCAGAGUGGAGCGAUCAGUACUGGCCCAUCUCCUACAAGAACACCAACCCAUACGGUCCGCAUCCAAGCCUCGUACAACGCAACCAGGACGAGAUACAACCCGAGGCUGGACUUCGCAUGGCACUGGCCAAGGGCGUCGCUGAGCAAAUAUCAGACCUGGGUCUUGGUGAAAAGAUUGGUGUCGUCAUCGUCGACCGGUCCAAGAGCGAGCCUGAAGUCAUUGCCGUUGCAGGCGACUGCCGUUGGAGGUCAUUCACCGGAACACCCGAACCCAAGACUGGAACCGGAAACGUCAUGGGCCAUGCCGUACAUCGAGCCAUCUCCAUGGUUGCAAAGAAGCGAACCCGCGCAGCUGGCACAGCCCCAGCGUACCCAGAUCGACCACUCUUCUGCGACAACCCCCUCACCGACCUCGAGAAGACAUACUUUGAAAAAGAAAAUAUCUCCCCAAGCGGCUACCUAUGCGUCGACCUCGACAUCUACCUCACCAAUGAGCCGUGCGUCAUGUGUUCCAUGGCCAUCCUACACUCUAGGUUUAGGCGCUGCAUCUUCGGUAAGCGGAUGCCCCACACCGGAGGAAUGACAGCCGACGGACUAGGCGACUCUUCGCCUUCUGGCAGCGGCCUAAAGAACGGUCUCUUCUGGCGACCCAGUGAACUCAACUGGAAGUUCCUAGCCUGGGAAUUCAAGGAGGGCGGCCAGUCCGAGGAUUCAGAAAGCGGCUUUAAUGAUACUCUACAUGCUUAA